AUGGACGUGGGCGAAAUGAAACCUGAUAUAAAAAAAUCUCCCACUGGUGACGAAAAAUAUGGCAAUUGUUACUGUGGAAAGGAAAGAAAUCUCAACAUUGUCGAGCUGCUGUGCGCUACGUGCAAUCGAUGGUUCCACGAGUCCUGCAUCGGGUUCCAGCUUGGCCGCCUGGUACCGUUCAUGAUGAAUUACGUGUUUGUGUGCAAAAAUUGUUCGAUGACGGGCCUGGAAAGUUUUCGCAAAGUACAAGCCUCCAUCCCGCAGAUGUGCCUCACGGCCAUCGCGAACCUACAGCAAACGGCCACCAAGGAGGGCAAAGCUCGGCUGAUGUUUAGCAAGGAUAAGGAAAUCAUACCGUACUUGGACCACUACUGGGAGGCCAUCACUACCAUGGGGCGCCGCUCUACUCAGUCCUGGUACGCCACGGUGCAAAGAUCUCUCAUCAAGGAUAUCAACACUCUGUUCUCCUACGACGAGGGCGGCGAUCAGGGCCAAAUGUAUGGUCUGGCCAGUGCGGAUCUGAUGCAAAUUAAGCCGGCCUACGAUGAGACAACAACGUUGACCACUCAAAGUAUAUCAAAAAGCCGCCAGCAGAAGCGUAAGCUGCCGAAUGCCGAUCAGGGUGGGGCACUCGGCAAGAAGAGUCGUCUUGGUGCGGAUGUGGGGGCCCUCGUGAAGCUGCCGGCCCACGGAUACCCACUCGAGCAUCCAUUCAACAAGGACGGGUACCGCUACAUUUUGGCCGAACCCGAUCCGCACGCGCCCUUUCGGCAGGAGUUUGACGAGAGCGCCGACUGGGCCGGGAAACCCAUACCAGGAUGGCUGUACCGCGUGCUGUCUCCGAAUUCGGUACUGAUUGCGCUACACGACCGUGCCCCACAGCUCAAGAUAUCGGACGACCGGCUGUCCGUGACCGGAGAGAAGGGAUACUGUAUGGCCCGUGCUUCGCAUUACGUAACGAAGGGAUGUUGGUACUGGGAGGCCACAGUGGAGGACAUGCCAGACGGGUCCGCAUGUCGGCUCGGGUGGGGCCAAGAGUACGCGAAUCUACAGGCCCCGCUUGGGUACGAUAAGUUUGGCUACUCGUGGCGGUCACGCAAAGGGACGCGGUUCCACGAGUCCCAAGGCAAGCACUACAGCGGCGGGUACGGUGAAGGGGACACGCUCGGCUUCCUGAUCACGCUGCCACACGCGAACCAGGCCAGCCAUGUGCCGACAACUUUCAAGGAUCGGCCGCUGGUCAAAUUCAAGAGCCAUCUGUACUACGAGGAGAAAGAUCGCGUGAAUGAAACGUUGAAAUCGUUGAAAAUCCAGCACGGCAGCCAGAUUCAUUUCUUCAAAAACGGUGUCUGCCAAGGGGAGGCUUUUGUCGAUCUGUACAAAGGUGCCUACUAUCCGGCGUUGUCGUUGCACAAAAAUGUGACCGUCAGCGUAAACUUUGGCCCCAACUUCAAGUACCCGAAGGCGCCGAAAGAGUUCAAUGCGCAAGGGAUGCACGACCGAGUCGAGGAGAUGAUAUGCGAACAAACGAUGGCCGAUAUGAUGUACUUUACGGAGAAUGACGGGAAGUUGCGCCUGGACACUUACAGCUCUUAAACGGUGACGAAUGAAAUAAAGAAUGCCGGCU